AUGGAGUUGGACACUAUCCUGAACCAGAGAUUAACAGCAUCCCUAGGAAACGGAGCGCUCAACAUGCAGCACGCAAUGCAGCCCCAACACUUCGGCGCGCCGCCCUCGUACCUCAAUGGCGGCCACAUCAAGUCGGAGAACGGCUCGGAACGUGGCGUGUCGCCUCACCCGUCAGACUCUUCGCGCUACUCGUCGCAACAACCGCAGCAGCAACUUCCCUCGUACCCGUCGAUUCCCCAACAGCACAUGAACGGCCUGCGCUACCCGUCGCCUUCGCAGAUGCAGGCGCCUAUGCCUAUGCUCAACAACAGCAAUUACAUUCCAAACCCGCCAGACCACGCGUACGCCCAGCAGCAACAGCAAAUGGCGGAUGCGCAGGUUCAACACCAACACAACGGUGGGCGCCCCGCAUCGGACACGGGUCCCCCAAAGGCCUUCGCGUGCUCGACAUGUGGUAAAGGCUUCGCGCGACGCAGUGACCUCGCACGUCAUGAACGUAUCCACAGCGGUAUCCGCCCUCACGUGUGCGACUACCCCAACUGCGGCAAGCAGUUCAUCCAGCGGUCCGCCCUGACGGUCCACCAACGUGUCCACACUGGCGAGAAGCCUCACAUGUGCGAGCGAUGUGGAAAGCCCUUCAGUGACUCCAGUUCGCUGGCCCGCCACCGUCGCAUCCACUCGGGCAAGCGCCCAUACAAAUGCCCUUACGCAGAUUGCCAGAAGACCUUUACGCGUCGCACUACCUUGACCCGUCACCAGAACCAUCACACCGGCACCGUUGAGGAAGCGGCUGCCGCUACUGCUGCCGCGCUCGCCUCGCGCGCUUCUGCCUCAAGCAGGACUGGCCGCUCCGACGGUGGUGACUACUCUGAGACGGCAUCACCUCUCGGCACUCCCUCGCCCAAUGACCGCACACUCUCCCUUUCGCCAGCAAACGGAAUGCCUGCUGGUGGUAUGCCCGGCCUGCACCGUCAGGGCUCCGACUACGCCUACAUGGGCGGCAUGAACGUCCCUCCCCACAUGCGUCAUGAGAUGCCCCAGCCUAGCCCGCGUGCCUCUCCCGCACUCACAGCUCAGUCGUAUGCCUCCAACGUAAGCGGUUCUCGCCCAGCCAUUACAUCUCACCCCACCGCCUACGGCCCACCGCCGAUUCUUGAGCCUCCCGCGUCGGCAAACCACAACCAGUCUGGAGGCACCACGAGCGCCAACGGAAGCCCUCACAUGUCUGCCAUGGGCUGGCAAUCACCAGGGCAGCAGGCUCUUCCCUCUCCUGGAGGACAAGACAACGGUUACGUCUACCCAGAGCCGCAAUACCAGGCACAGAACGGCAUGUACUAUCAGCACAACAACAUCCGUCGGCCCAACAGCACCGAGCCAGACCACUACAACCCAAACCAAAGAGAGAUGGGCAACGGAAUGUGGGCUCCCGCCGUUCAAUAG